CGACCGUUCGCUCCAAUCAGUUAACGAGCGAGCUGCAAAGCGGUCGGCAGAAAAAAACGCUGAGAACGCGGGAGCUGCUGCUGCUGCUGCCGAGAGUCGAGAGCCCAAGAGCUGCGGCAUUGGCGUUCGAUAAACGACGACGUGGAGAAGUCAACUGAAGACCAACAACAAAAACGAAUAAAAAACUUUAUUAAAAUCAGGUGUACAACUGCGAAAUGCUGGCCAAAAUCAUUUAACAGCCAUGGCUCAGCUAACGUCUGUGGGCCAAGGUCAACUGGCGACCUUUGGUCCACUGCUUGCCACGGCCAUGGUACUCGUGAGUCUCGUCCUGGCGCUGCUCGGCAUCAAAUUCUGGGGAUUCCGGCGACGUCUCACCUUUGAUCGCGCACCUGCGUCGCAGCAGCCGCAACAACAAUCGCAGUCGCAGCAGACGCCACGUUAUGCUGCCUAUGAAUCGCAGGUUAACGGCACCGACAACGCUGUACAUGGAGUAUUUCGACAGCGCAAUACGGACGAAUUCGAAAGUAUCAGACCUACAAACUCGGCAGCAAGUAAAUAUCUCACAGGAAGCGUACCAAAUUUGACACUUGCCUCUUUAGCACCUCGGGAGCCCAAGGAAGUGCCCACUAUACCGGAACUGUCUGGCACAGUUCCCUAUCGAAAUGGACCAGAGCCACAAGCGGCGCAACGUAGACGCCGAGAAGUGCAUAGCGCCAACUAUGAAUAUUAUGCAACGCCACCAACGCGACAACCGCCUGCACCACCAGGAGCAGCAGAUGCACCAGCAGCACCUCCAGCACCACUGACAGCUGCCGAGUCUGCUGUGGAGCAACUGGAUAUACCCAAUUUCGAUCAUUUUGCUGAGAAAUACGAGCUGAUCAGUGCCAAGCCGGCUGAACACGGAGUGCCAAGAGAAUCGCAGCUAGUCCACAAGGAGAACGGGCGUUAUGUCAAAUAUGAGCGGGUCGAUGAUGUUCCAGAACUGCUGACCCCCGAUGAUGAUCAGGCAGGAGCAUCCAUUUCAGUGGCUGCCAUGGUGCAUCAUAUACCAAAGGAUUCACAGCAGGAUCUCCAGCUGAAGUCCCAGAUGACAAUAGAGGAGGAACCCCAACUGGAACCAAAAACAAUCCGCAACAUUGAAUUGAAUAAUCAGUUGCUUCCGCUGGAGCACACAGAUUCGGCUUUCGUUGUGGAGAUCAUUGCGGGCACUCCAGAUGCAAUUGAGCAAACGGAGCCGGUGAUAGCCCCGAAAUUGUUUGAUGAUCUGGAAGUGACAUCGCAUCAUCUGGAUGCCGAAUUUGAGCUAAAGCGAUCCUCCUACGAAAUGAACGAGGCGGACAUUCUGGACAUUCAGCCAGACUUUUCAGGAUUGCAGCCGAUUGAGCCAGCGCCAAGUAGUCCGCCAGGAUUUGGCAAGAGCAUUGAUGAGGAUUGGGAGAACUUUGAGAAUCUAGAUCAUGUGACGGAUUUGCCCGAGCCCAAUUGGUCAGUGCAUCCCGCUCUGCUGGAGUCGCCCUUGGAGGCAGAGAGUGAAACCAACUUAGAGUUGGAAAACGUGGUACAGCAGGAGACGCUCUUUCAGCAACUCGAGCUAAUGGAGCCGACAUCUGAGGUACCGCAAUCGGAGCCGCCUCCAUAUGAGGCACGACUGCCUCCUCCCCCCAUCCUACCCGACUACGAGUCCCUGAUGCAGCAGGAAAAGUCAAAAACUCAACGAAAUCUACCCAGAUAUGCGGAUGUAGUGGGUCAGGAUCGGGCAAACAAUACAAAGUACGUGAGCAGCAUAGAAGAUCUCUUUGGUGAGCUGCAGGUAAAUGGAGAAACGCUCACAGGCAAUUCUACCCACGUGAGCAAUUUCGAGGAGCUCUGCGAGGAACUGGAGAUCGUUCCAUCGCCAGUGCCAGCACGACGAGCACCUCAGCCAGCUCCCCGUGUCUCCAAGCCGACCACUCUCAAUGCCCGAGGCGAUGCACCGCCUCUGACAUGCUACGAGCCCGAGGAACUGCCCAAUUCCAGCUCAAGUGAAGAGGAAGCAGUUGGUCCGGCACCACAGACACAGCCACAACCACAACCACUUCCUGCCAAGCGACAGCGUCAUGUGCGCUUCGAUGUGGAGAACCUGCAAUACUAUCAGUCAGCUGAGGUGCCCAGCUCAAAUGAGUCCGAAGUGGACUUUCAAUCCGCCGAUGAGUCCGACACAGAAUUGCCUCCAAGAACCACACAGCGCAUGGUCACACUGCCAACUGAUGGGGAGAACAAUGUGCCUAGACUCUUUGGCACACAGGUCUCGCAAGAAGAAAGCGAUGAUGAUGACGGAGCAUUUGGACGUGCCAUACGAGAGCAUCGUACCAUGACAGAGUCACUGCGUCCAGUUGUUCAACUGGAUCGUAACAGUGAGAGAGGCGCUGAGGCUUAGGAUACCCAUUAGCAAAGAUGCUGCUCUUCAUUUCCUUAGCAAAGACAGUAUUUAACUUGUACAUAAUAUGCUAUAUAUGUAUAUAUCCAAAUAUAUAUACUAUAGUCAAAUAUAUCAAUAUAAAGUAGAAGAUUGCCAUAUAAUGUUGACUAUGUUUAAAUAAAGUUAUCAUAAAUAUGUAUAAAUGUAUUAAAGAAAGCAAA